AAGACCGCCCAAGUAUGCUUUAUGGAUUAUUUUGCCUUUGUGUCUCAACUUGAUAGGCUUCAGCACCCAAUCUGCUACGACAUCAGAAAGUACUGCAUCAGUUUCCAACAUACCCACCACCCAAACUCCAACUGUGGAAACAACCAAAACCAUCACUUCUUCUGUAUCAGACAUUAGCAGAACAUCUCUACCCACUGGCUCCACCGCUGCAUCAAGGUCCAGUACCCUUACUGUGCUUUCAUCAAAUACUCCUGCAGCAGCCUCCAGUUCUCCUGAUGCCUCUACCACAGCUAGAUCCAUGACUGUAUCAGGGUCCAAUUCUCCUGAUGCCUCUACCACAGCUGGAUCCACGACUGUAUCAGGGUCCACCACUCCUACUGUUUCUCAGUCAAGUACUUCUGCAGCGGCCUCCAGUUCUCCUGAUGCCUCUACCACCGCUGGAUCCAUGACUGUAUCAGGGUCCACCACUCCUACUGUUUCUCAGUCAAGUACUUCUGCAGCGGCCUCCAGUUCUCCUGAUGCCUCUACCACCGCUGGAUCCAUGACUGUAUCAGGGUCCACCACUCCUACUGUUUCUCAGUCAAGUACUUCUGCAGCAGCCUCCAGUUCUUCUGAUGCCUCUACCACCGCUGGAUCCAUGACUGUAUCAGGGUCCACCACUCCUACUGUUUCUCAGUCAAGUACUUCUGCAGCGGCCUCCAGUUCUCCUGAUGCCUCUACCACCGCUGGAUCCAUGACUGUAUCAGGGUCCACCACUCCUACUGUUUCUCAGUCAAGUACUUCUGCAGCGGCCUCCAGUUCUCCUGAUGCCUCUACCACCGCUGGAUCCAUGACUGUAUCAGGGUCCACCACUCCUACUGUUUCUCAGUCAAGUACUUCUGCAGCGGCCUCCAGUUCUCCUGAUGCCUCUACCACCGCUGGUUCUACCAUUACCACUGAUUCAACACCCAGCAAAGAACCUCCUGAAGAGGCAAAGGGAUUCCCUGUCUGGGCUAUUCUUCUCAUCAGCAUGGCUGUGGCGGCGGUUUCUCUGCUCCUUGUUUGCUUGUUGUGCUAUGUCCUAAGGCCAGAGAAUUUCACCAGUACCUCCUGUCCUGUUUACCGGGACCACCACAGCCAACACAAUUUCUGAGAUUACAAUUACUGAAGGAAAACAUCUUCUCAGUCUUCUAGCAAUAAGCUAAUCAUGCGUAACAAUCUUUGGAUUUAGCAACGACCUUCUUUGGAGUCACUGCCAUGGAUUUAGCCCUGAUGACACUUCAUAGCUCCUUUGUUGUGGAACCCGGGCUUCUUACCAAGCAUGUAAAGUAUUUUCUGGGGAAAAGAGAGGGAUCCUAAAAUAUUGGAUCUAAACAAGUGUCUUUGAAACAAAUUCAGUUUCUUUUGGGACCGUCUGCUUGUCGUUUUUCUUCCAGCAAGCCAGUCUGUGAACUAAGCCCACACCCAGUAAUAAAAAAAUGUGGAUAAGAAUAUGGUCAAUUGAAAUGCAAAGAACCAGAGGGACUUCAGGUUCAGUUCCAUACUCAGCCUUGAACUUCACUUGCUGAACCAACCAUGAAUUCUCUGAAUGUCCUUGAAUAUCGCUGUGUCUGAACCAUAAAAUUAGAUGGAAAAUGUUACUUGCAUUGACUUUUAAUAAUAGGAUAAGCUGCAAACCUAAAUGAAUGCCUUAUCCUCAUUGUUCCAAAUUCACACACUUGAGCUAUGGAAUGUACAAUGUGUCCUGGAUUUAUUUUUUCUAAUUCAUUGUGGAUGUUGUUAAUAAACAAUAUUUUAUUA